AUGUACAUGGCAGAGCCAACGAGUGCUCCUAGCCCGAGUACGGGUGCUGUCAAUUAUUUCUCCAUCAAUCAUUUACUCCGGCAGUCAUCAUUUUCAUCUUCAGAACCGUGUACUACUGAUCCCAAAAAUAAUUCCCAAAUAGAUGAUGAAACUCCCGGAACAUCUAAUAAGCAAAUUCCUGAAAAGGAAUUAGAAACAGUGGUAGUAACCUCUAACUCUAUUGAGUCAACUUUGGAAAUAUCUGAUAAUGAUCGCUUACUUACCGCUCUGCAAACCAGUGAUACCUGUGUACAACCUCAUUUCUCACUAUCCCUAAAUCCCACCACCGCAACAAUUGACUUACUGAAGCAGUCAGAUUCUUUUGUUGAUCGAAAAUCCGACAAUGAUACAACUGCUGCAUCACAUUUUGACGAGAAAUCAGUCCUGUCAUGUCGCGAAACAGCCAUACCGCUAUGGUUGAAUUGUGCUACUGCAACCGCUGCUGUACUUCCUUUUGAGCAAAGUUUCUUAAUGGCUCAAAGAUCUGCGGCAGUAUUCCCUCACUUGUGGGCAGCCUCAGCUAGUACUGAUGCUUUGCGACUGGUAUCAACUAGUAAAUCAUAUCGGCGUAGGAAAGCACGUACUGUAUUUUCGGAUCAGCAGCUACAAGGUCUGGAGAAGAGGUUUGAAACACAACGAUAUCUGUCAACACCAGAACGUAUAGAGCUUGCUACUGUUUUGAAUUUGAGUGAAACACAGGUGAAAACAUGGUUUCAAAAUCGGCGUAUGAAACAUAAAAAGAUAGUCCGAAAGCAAGGUGACAGCUGUAUUAGCAAUGGAGACAAUGCCACGAAGACGGAUAGCGUGGAUUCAGAUGAAAGAUGA